GAUGAGUGUGAGGAUGCUCAUGAGUUUAUUAGGAAUUAUAACAGGGCUGGUAGGUUAAAUGGUUGGGACGACAACAAUUUAGCUUUGGGGCUUCCUCUCUAUUUAAAGGGUCAUGCUAACGGGUGGUUCAAGACUUUGCCCAUGGCUGACGAGAUGUCUUUUGAAGAAUUAUCUGAGCAAUUAAUUACACAUUUUGCCUCCGGAGCCAGCGAGUGGCGCGCAAGAGAGGUGUUAGGGCAGCGGUGACAACUGGAGAAAGAAUCAGUUGCAGAUUACUCUUGUAGUCUCCGAACCCACUGUGCGAGAAUCAAUUUGCCUAGAUCUGAGUGGACACAUUAUUUUGUGCAAGGCCUCCUACCUGAGAUCUGCAAAUACGUUAUUUUGCAAAAAACCUGA